AUGUUGAACUGGUGGUUGAUAGUACUUUUAAUAUUUGUUGUAAUUCUUUGCGUCGGGCUUAGUGUUUAUUUAUUAUUUUAUUUUACCUCGGAGGAAGAUGAUGGUGAAGCGUAUGGUGCGAAAGUUAUUGUUGUAAUUGGCAUGGUAAUUUCCAUGGGUGUAGUAUUACUUUUACCAUUAGAUGUUGCAAAUGCUGUUGAUCCUACAAUAUCAAAUAAAUAUAAGAAUACAUUAAAUAUGACACUUAUGUGGCAAAUUGUACUUUGGCUUUUAUUUUGUAUGACAUUUAUUAUUGUACCAUUUGUAAUGUUUUUUUAUGAAGCAUAUGAUCCAGAUAAUAAUCGAAUAAGUAAACAAAUUAUACAAGCUAUUAUAUAUACAAUAGGGAUAUUAAGUAUAUUUUUUAUUAUAUGUGGUAUAUGUUAUACAUUUAUAGGGGUAACGAUUAUACCUAUUUUAACAUAUGAAGGAUUUCCUCAAUUUAUUUCAGAUAUUCAAUAUAUUUCAUAUAAUGGUACAGGAAUAUUUAUAAAUAUAGAAAUUCCUGUUAAUUUUUUUACAUAUUGUGUAGGUAUCAUGUGUUUUUUUGGUUGGAUUGCUUUUUUUAUUUAUGGAGGUUUAGGAAUUAUAUCUUUUCCUUUAGAUCUUAUAUUUGGUUUUAUAAAACGAACAAAAUCUAUAAAUAAUUAUCAUUUUAAAGAAGAAAUGAAUAUAAUUGCUUUAAAAGGAGAUAUUUUAUUAAAAUUAUCUUUAAAUUUACAAAAAAAAUGUCGAGGAAUUAUUUCAAUUUCACAACGAAAUAAAAUUCAUAUAUUACGUAAUGAAACUUAUAUACUUGAAGCUCAACAAGAACAAUUAAUAUGGGCUUAUACAAAAGCAGGUGGUUCCCCUUUUAUUAUUUAUGGACGUCUUUUAUUAGGAAUUAUUUCUUUAUUUAUUUCUAUUAUUUGGAUUUUACAUAUUUUUAUUUAUAAUACAUUUCAUAAAUCUUCUUUUUUAAAUCAAAUUCUUAUUUCAUUAGAUCAUAUUUUUGGACUUUUUGGAAUUAUUAUAUAUGGUAUAUUAAUAUUUUAUUUAAUAUGGAUUAGUUUUGAAGGACAAGUAAGACUUGGUAUGAGAUUUAUAUUUUUUCAAAUUUAUCCUUUAAAACCACAUGAUACAACAUUAAAUGCAUUUUUAUUUAAUAUAUCACUUUCACUUUUAAUAAGUCCUGCUAUUAUAGAAUUUGCUUCAAGAUCUUUUCAAGAAUAUGGUCCAAGAACAACGAUUAAUGCUUUAAUGAAUAUUUAUGUAUUACAUUUAAAAGGAAUUGGAAUAUUUAUUCGUUGGGCAGAUGUAUGUUUUACCGGUAUUUCUCUCUUAUCGAUAAUAUGGGUCCUCCUUUGCCCUGUACAUAAGAGAAUUAAAGAUCCGACAAAAUUGAGGUUAUGA